CAGUACGUAACAUCGCUCAACAAUUUAGCUGCCACGUGUGACUUCGGAACUCUGAAAGACUCACUCGUAAAGGACAUGUUCAUCAUAGGGUUGAAAAACGAAAUAAUUAAAGAAAAAUUGCUACAGAAUCAAGAGCUGCAAGACGUCAGCGAAGCUGUUAACAUAGCGAAAACCAUAGAACUGUCUAAUAAAAGAUCCAAGAAAUUGUCCGAACGUCAAGAAUCAAGCAACCAAGUAGAAGCUAUUACGAAACACACUUCAAGACCAAAAUAUAGGAACUCGUCGUCAAGAACACCUUCAAAAUCGAGGUACAAUCGCCAUUCAAGCCAGGGACGCAGCACUACGUCGUAUUCAAGGGAAGCCAGUCAGUCAAGAAACAGCGGGACAUGCCAGCGAUGCGGGCAAGUUCACCGUCACAAGUGUCCAGCGCAAGGCAAGACCUGUGCUCACUGCAAGAAGCCUAAUCACUUCGCACAGUACUGUUUCUUAAAAAAUAAAAAAGACAACAUAUAAAUAAUCUAGGUACCGUGAUGCUGUCUGGGACUUUUGAGAAUGGAAGACAGGCUGACAUCGAAUUUAUAGUUCUAGAUUGUGAAUGCUCGACUAUACUGAGUGCUGAUAAAUCUGAAGAAUUAGGUUUUGUCAAAAGGCUCUACGAGGUGACAAGUGACAGGUCAGUAAAAUCACUUUUAGAGACUUAUUCCGACACUUUUGAGGGCUUAGGCUGUCUGCCUCACAAGGCUCAUUUACAUGUAGACACAAGUGUUCCACCUAAGAUUUGUCCGGUCCGUAGAAUUCCAUAUGCUUUACACCCAAAACUUAAGACUGAGUUAGAUAGAAUGGAAGAGUUGCAGGUCAUAGAAAAAGUUACCACCCCUACAGACUGGGUGAAUGCUAUUGUUCCUAUAGAAAAGUCAAAUGGUCAGUUACGCAUAUGUCUAGAUCCUAGACCACUAAAUAAGGCUAUUCAAAGACCUCAUUUUCCUUACCCUACAUUAGAUGAUUUACGUUCUAAGGUAGCAGGUGCAUCAGUAUUUUCAAAAUUAGAUGCAAACUCAGGCUAUUGGAUGAUCCAAUUAGAUGAAGAGAGCAGUCGAUUGUGUACUUUCAACACACAGUUUGGUAGAUACAAAUUUCUUAGACUUCCGUAUGGUAUAAACUCUAGUGGUGAAAUAUUUCAUAAAGUAAUGUCAGACUUAUUCGGAGACUUACCUGGAGUACUUAUUUUUGUCGAUGAUAUUUUAGUAUUUGGCUCAAAUCAAAAAGAACACAAUGAAAGGUUAGAAAAUGUUCUUAAGAAAGCUCGUGAAGUCAAUUUAAAGUUUAACAAGUCAAAAUGUAUGUUUGACAAGUCUGAAGUCACAUAUGUAGGUCAUGUCUUCAAUAGGAAUGGUAUUUCAGCAGAUAAAUCUAAAAUAGAAGCAAUAGUUGAGAUGCCAAGACCAGAGAACAUUAAAGACUUACAACGAUUUUUAGGAAUGGUCAAUUAUUUAGGCUCAUACAUACCGAACUUAGCUAAUGAAACUAAUUUGCUUAGAAGUUUACUUAAAAAACAAAACAUUUGGCAAUGGACGGAUAACCAUGAAAAAGAAUUCAUUAAAUUAAAAAGUCUUAUUAGUCAAUCUCCAGUGCUAGUGCACUAUGAUGUAAACAAGCCAAUUAGAAUGUCUGUAGACUCAUCUAAGGAUGCAGUAGGUGCAGUUAUUUUUCAUGGAAAAAAUCCAAUUGCUUAUUCAUCAAAGUCUCUCACAAGCACACAGCAAAACUAUGCUCAAAUUGAACGUGAAUUGUAUGCUAUUCUUUUCGGAUGUAAAAAGUUUCAUCAGUAUAUAUAUGGUAAAACCAUACAGGUAGAGACAGAUCAUCAACCAUUAGUCACUUUAUUUAAGAAACCUCUGUCAGAUGUACCGGCUCGUCUACAGAGAAUGAUGAUUACACUACAAGCUUAUGACUUAAGAGUUUCAUACACAAAGGGUACAGAAAUGUAUGUCUCUGACACUUUGUCAAGAGCACCAAUUUCAUCAAACAAAAAUAUAGAUAAAUUUGAUGCUAAGGAAUUAGAAAGUAACAUUGUCUGUCAGGUAAAGUUACUAACAUCUAAUUUGGCUAUUUCUCCAAGUAAAUUACAAAAGAUUAAAGAUCAUACAAAGUCAGAUUUAACCUUGUUAAAAUUGCAGGAAUAUUAUGUAAAUGGAUGGCCAAAUAGUAAAACUCAAUGUGACCCAAUAACAUUACCUUACUGGAAUAUUCGUGAUGAAAUUCAUGCUAUUGAUGAUAUUCUAUUCAAAAAUCAGUCUGUAAUCAUUCCAAAAUCAAUGCGUUCAGAAAUAUUAAAUAUUUUACAUGAAGGUCAUAUGGGGGUUGAAAAAACAAAAAACUUAGCUAGAGGUUUAGUUUUUUGGCCUAACAUAUAUCAUGACAUAGAAAUGAAAGUUAGGCAGUGUGAAACUUGUAUGACAUUUAGUCAAAAUAAAACAAAAGAAACUUUAUUGUCACAUGACCAGCCUUGCCUACCAUGGCAAAAGUUGGCAACAGAUUUAUUUGACUACAAUAGUAAAAAAUAUCUAUUGGUAGUAGACUACUAUUCAAAUUACAUAGAAAUUGCACAGUUAAACACAGAUCAUAGAAGUCAAACUGUCAUUCAACAUUUAAAGUCAAUGUUUUCCCGGCAUGGAAUCCCAUUGCAACUAGUCAGCGAUGGAGGUCCGCCAUAUAAUAGUCAGGAAUUCCAGAAAUUUCUUAGUGAUUGGGAUAUAGAACACAUAAUGUCUAGUCCUCACUUCCCAAGGUCGAAUGGUUUAGCCGAAGUAUCUGUAAAAAUAGUAAAAAACAUAUUAAGGAAAUGUCAAGACUCAGGUACUGAUUUUCACCUAGGUUUGUUACAGUAUAGGACAACACCUAGAGGUAAUUUAAAGUCGCCAUCAGAAUUACUCAUGUCUAGAAAGCUAAGAACUAGGUUACCUACACAUGUAGACAGUCUAAAGCCUAAAGUCAUUACAUUCGCAGACCAUUCUAAAAAUAAGUCAGAAAUAAUUUCUAAAAGAGAGGCGUAUUACAAUAGAAAUGCUAUUCCUUCACAGGAAUUUCAGGAGAAUGAUUCAGUCUUUUUCAAGAAAAAUCCUAACGAUUUGUCAUGGACAAAAGGGAUAAUUGUGUCUAAAACUAAUUUUCCUAGAUCUUAUUUAGUCAAAAGUUCAGAAGGAACGGUAUAUAGGAGAAAUACUCAACAUAUUAAGUUGUUUAAGUCAUGUCUGUCAAAGUCAGUGUCUAGAUCUAGUGAUAAUGUUGUGUCUAAGUCUAACAAUGUCAGUCAGUCAAACAGUCAUAGUCUGAAUCUGUCAACGCCUCAGUCAAGCCAGUCGAGUCAAACAAUUACAAGUAAAAAUGAUCAGUCACAGUCAGUCUUUCAUGAUCAGGGUGCCGGUCAGAAUAAUAUGUGUCAAGAUUGUGAAAGAAGAGAUAGCUGUAUAUACUAUUACAUACCUGAUUAUCUAGUGCAAAGUCAAGAGUCAUGUCAGUCUGGUCCAAUAAAUAAUUUAAAUGUAAGUCAAAGUUCAAAUUCAAGUGAUAACAAUGAAAGCUUUAUAUCCAGUAAUUCUCAGGAAAUUUUGUCAAGUCCAAAUUCUAGUAUAAGUAUUGACCCUAUGUGUACAAUGUCUAGAUUUAAUAAUAAUAAUGAUAAUGUAAACAAUGUAGACUUACCAUGCAUGCAAACAUACAAUGUUCAGGAGGAGGAACCUCGCUAUAGCUCGAGAGGCAGAUUGUUAAAGAAAACAAACAAAUUAGAUUUAUAA